AUGGCUGAUGACGAGGAUGUGGAGCACGCCAAUGUCAUGGCAGCAUUCUUGCAGUGGGACACCAAUGGUGAUGGCAUCAUUGACAGGGCCGAGCUCCAAGCCGUAUUUACAGGUCUUGGACUCGACGUCAGCGACAAGGAGCUGCAGUCUAUGUUUGUCGCUGCUGACAUGAGUCACGACAAGUGCUUGGACUAUGCCGAGUUUCUGCAUUGGAUCUUUAACUCUGCCCACUGGCAGCUGCGAAACCAGUUUCUUCAGACAGGAGUGUCCUGGAACGGCAUAUACAAGGGACGGAAUGCGGCGAUCCAACAAGACCGCCUCACCGUCAAGCGCACUCGAGGAAGUGGAGAGACGGCUGAGUUUCCACCGGGACAUGCUGUUGUCGUCUCGUCGGGCGUUUCCCGCGAGUUUCGGUUUGAAGUCUUGGACAACGGCUCGGUCUUCAAAGGAGGCUGCCCGAUUAGGGUUUCAGGUUUAGGGUUCAGGGUUUAG